AUGUUUUUCAAACGAAAAACUUGUGCAUAUGAAAGUAAAGGAAUUGGACGACCUGUUUGUCAUGAUGCACACGGUAUUAGCCAAAAUUACUUGUUAGAACUGGAUGAUGAUGAUGAAAUAAGACAAGCUAUUGAGUGGUUUGAUAUACAUGAUGAAGAAGUAUUCACAUUCAAACAAAGCAUUGUUGACUAUUUACAUGAAGCAAAGGGGCACUUAAAAGAAGAAUUCUCCAGAAGCUCGGUGAAAUCGAAGUACUCUCAGUCGAGUCGUUCGUAUGCAUCCGGGUCUUCCAACCGAUCACAAUUAAUUCAAGCUAAAGCUAAAACAGCUUCACUAGAAGCUAAGGCAGCAUUUUUUAAAGAAAGUCAAGCUCUAGAGAUGGCGGCUGAGGAACUUGAACUAAAGCGAAUGAUUGCGCAAGCGAAAGCCGAGGAAAAGGUUUAAGAACAGUUUGAACACGAAGAAUGUAAUCAAUUUGAAGAGUCGAACAGUAAAUUUGCUACUAGCCAAGUAAAUUAUACCCCUGCACCUUAUAGUUAUACAGUUAAACCUACAGCAGUUGGUAAUGGUUCGCUGGAUCUUUCUGAGUCAACACCAGUAUUGAAGAGUAAAACAAUUCGUACAAGCCCAAUACCACAGCCUACUGCGAUAAAUUACAAACAUGCAGAGUCCUUGAGCACUAAAACACCUUCCAUUCCCAAACCUGUAACAACCAGUACAAGUAAGAAAGAAAACCUCUCUAAAAUAAAUCCAGAAGCCUUACCAUUCGUCUUUAAGCAAGAUAAACGAACAGAACCUCAGAGCCCUAUUGAACGGUUGUAUUUCCUAGAUCAAUAUACCACCGGAAAAGCGAAAGAGGUUAUUAAAGGUUGUAUUCAAAUCAAACAAAUGAAAUCGAAUGAUUCGUAUGGUCAAGCUAAAGCCUUGCUAAAGAAACACUUUGGAGAUCCUUUCAAAUUGGCCUUCACUGAUGGCCAUUUAGUAAGCUUUGCGAUGUAAGCAUCACAAAGCUUACUAAAUGGCCAUCUGUGAAGGCCAGAGAUGGACAGCGUUUACAAGGGUUUGCUAUUGCAUUGGAUCCAACAAGCUAAGAACACAACAACUGGCCUGCCGUACAGGGAUGAUCUAAAUACUGCCCAAGUUUCACGUCAGUUAUGGGAAAAGUUACCUCUAUAUUUAAGAAGCAAAUGGACAGAGCGAGCAAGUAGGAUAAGAAGUACACAGAGUAGAAAUGCAACCUUUAGCGAGUUCUCUAAGUUCGUCACAGAGCAAGCUGAAUUGGCUAUAGACCCAGUGUUUUCGGAAGAAUUCUCGGAAAAGUUGAAUUAAGAAAGCAAGGAUAAAUCCGGUGACGGCGACGAUAUCGACAGGGCAAGGGUAUUAGAACCUUUUGAACGAAGCUAGGGAAAAGGAAGAAAACAAAGGACGUGUUAAGAACUGCACAUUGUGUUCGAGGCCACAUGAUUUAAAUGAGUGUGAAGAAAUUGGCAAGAAAACUCUUCCCCAACGCAAGGACCUUAUUAGGGAAAAGGGACUAUGUUUUGGAUGUUUGAAACCAGGACAUAUUUCUAGCAAAUGUAAUGAUAAGCUAGUAUGCAAGACGUGCGAGAAGAAACAUCCUUCUGCACUACAUGACCCUUUUUGGAAGCCAAAGUCCAAUAAGCUCCAAACUACGCCCAAAGAAAACGUUGAAAAGAAUGAACAAGAAAAAAUAAACAGUGGACUUACUGCGUGCAGUAUUAUUGGGGCUGUUGACGUUCCUGUCAACAUGGGUAUUGUACCUGUCUGGUUACACUACAAGAGUGAACCUAAGAAGAGAAUCAAAGUGUAUGCUUUAUUGGACAACGGAAGUGGCGGAACGUUUAUUAAGACAGAAACGAUGGAAAGGCUUGGUAUCGACUGUGAGGACACUGCGUUGGUGCUAACAACCAUGCACAGAACUCAAGAGAUUGAAACUAAGGUGGUUAAUGGCCUAGUAGCCGCAAAUUGCCAGAAAGAAGAUGUACAUCUGGAUCUACCGAAAAGUUACGCGAGAGAACAAAUACCGACAGAUCGAGAAGAAAUAACACGACCAGAAGUAGCUGAAAGGUUUCAUCACCUGCAGAAGAUAAGCGAACCGCUGACACCCUAUAUAGAGGACGUAGAAGUUAGUCUACUCAUUGGCCUGAACUGCCCAAAAACCUGA